AUGGCUCUCGGCGGUGCCCUCCUGCGCUUCGGCGCCAUUGGCUUGCGCAUUCUCCAAUUUGGUUGCGCCGCCAUCGUGCUCGGCAUCUACUCGUACUUCCUAGCCGUUCUAGCCAAGCACGACGCUACCAUUCCCACUUGGGAGAAGGCAGUUGAGGGCAUGUCAGGUGCUGGUGUCCUCUACACCAUCUUUGGCAUUCUCUUCACCCUGUGCCUCGGAGGCAACAUCUUCUUCGGCUUCCUCGCCGUCCUCCUCGAUAUCGCCUUCGCCGGCUGCUUCGCCGCCAUCGCCUACUAUGCCCGCCACGGUGCCAACAAGUGCCGCGGCAUCGUCAAUACCCCCCUCGGCACUGCUCCCGCAAGCGAGGAAGCUCCCGGCGCCGGCAGCUAUGGCUACGUGUGCAGCCUCAACACCGCCGUCUUCGCCGUUGCCAUUGUUAAUAUCUUUCUCUUCCUCAUCACCGCUGCCUGGCAGGUCAUGCUGGUGCGCCACCACAAGAAGGAGAAGCGUUUCGGCCCUUCCCCCAAGAACAAUUACACCUCCGGCUCCCGCGGCAAGUUCUGGCAGCGCAAGAACCGCGGCGGAAAGGGCACCCGCGACGCCGAGCUGGCCACCGCCCACUCUGCUGUCCCGGGCCGCGUGUCGCAUGAGACUGGUAUGACCGGCUCCACCAUGAACAACGGAUACGCGCCCGCUGCGGCAGAGCCCAAGUACGGCCAGCCUGGUUAUGGCGGCCACCACUACGGACAGGCCACCAACUACUAA